UCCUAGAAAGUACAAACAAAACCUUAGGAAAGACACAAAGAAAACCAUAUUAUACUACACAUAAACGUGCUUACAGAGCAGUUCUCGUUCAUGGUAUCCUAAAUUAAUUAUCAAGAAAUGUACCACUCUACUUUCUAGUGAGUUUAAUCUAUAAAAAUGCAUGCAGCUUCUUCAACCCCACCAUUUUUUGAAGUGUAAAAUUUUAGCCCCUGAAAAGAAUCAGCAAAAUUUGCUAUGGGAAUUGCAGAUUCAAUGCAGUGUUCAUUGUGGCUUCUAGUAUUCAUGGUGUUUCUUCAGUUCAAAUACUCACACCAGUUCUUAGAAUCUUCACAGUAUGAAGCAAUAGAGAAAAUCAAGCAGCUUUUGAACUUCCCACGAGAUUUGAGUAGCUGGAGUGACAACACAGAUUUUUGCAACAGUGAGCCAAACACUGCUUUAACACUUGUCUGCUAUGAUGAUAACAUAACACAGCUUCAUGUUUCUGGUUACAACUGGUUUCCUAAUUUGCCUCGGGGCUUUUCUACUGACACCCUUUUCUCCAAUCUUGCUCUUUUGCCUAAUUUAAAGGUUCUUUCUUUAGUUUCUUUGGGUUUGAGAGGAACUUUACCUAAAAAUAUUGGCUUAUUAUCUUCUUUGGAAAUUGUCAACAUUAGUUCAAACUUCUUUUAUGGUGAGAUUCCAGGAGAGAUUUUAUAUUUGAAGAGCCUUCAGACACUUAUUUUGGAUGAUAAUAAGUUCACAGGUCAAGUUCCUGAAUGGGUAGGUUCACUUCCUUCUUUGUCUGUUUUGAGUUUCAAGAACAAUUCAUUUUAUGGUUCAUUACCUAAUUCUUUGUCCAAUUUACAAACCCUAAGAAUCCUUUCUCUUUCUGCUAAUAAUUUUUCUGGGCAAGUUCCAAAUUUUCAAAAUCUGUCAAAUUUACAAGUUCUUGAUUUGGAAAGUAACUAUCUUGGACCCAAUUUCCCUAAUGUUCCAAAAAAGUUAGCUUCUUUGGUACUUAGGAAGAACAAGUUCAGUUUAGGGGUACCAAAAGAAUUGAGUUCCUGUUACCAGUUAAAGAAACUGGACAUUUCCUUUAAUGAGCUUGUUGGACCCUUUUCACCAUCAAUUUUAUCACUUCCAUUACUAAGCUAUGUGGAUAUUUCUGGAAACAAAUUAACCGGGAAGCUUUUGAAGAAUAUGACAUGUAGUCAAGAGCUUUCAUUUGUGAAUCUAUCGUCGAAUUACUUGACAGGGGAGUUGCCUGCUUGCUUGCACCCUAGUUUUGGUUCUAAGAUUGCUUUGUUUUCUGGGAAUUGUUUGUGGAAUAGAGAGCAAUGGCAACAUCCUUAUUCAUUUUGCCAUAAUGAAGCUUUGGCUGUUAGUAUUGAGCCUCAUAAGGAAAAGGUCAAAGGGGGAAAUGGUAAAGCUGUUCUUGCAUCAAGUAUGGUAGGAGGGUUUGUUGGAGGAAUAGCGAUAAUCGGUUUGGCUUUCGUGGUUGUUAGACGAGAGUAUGCCAAGAAGAAAGCUAGCAAAACCCCUCAAACAAAACUGAUACUUGAAAAGGUCUCUCCUGCUCACACUCUUAAGCUGCUUAAUGAUGCAAGGUAUAUUUCUGAAACGAGGAAGUUGGGACUGCUUGGGGCCCCUCCUUAUCGAACGUUUGUCUUGGAUGAGCUUCGGGAGGCCACUAGUAACUUUGAUAUAUCAAAUCUAAUCGGUGCAGGUUCCAAUGGGCAGACCUACAAAGGACGGCUCACAGAUGGCACUGCGGUUGCUAUAAGAAGCAUAAAGAUGAGGAAGAGGCAUAGCGUCCAGUCCUAUACUCAUCAACUAGGGCGUAUUUCAAAGAUCAGAUACUGUCAUUUAGUUAGUACUAUUGGACAUUGCUUUGACUGCUAUCAAGAUGACUCAAGUGUUAGCCGAAUAUGUAUAGUCUUUGAAUUUGUGCCAAACGGGACUCUGCGGGGGGUCAUAUCAGAAGCAAAUUCAGCUCAAAAGUUUACGUGGACACAGAGGAUGGGAGCUGCACUAGGGAUAGCAAAGGGAAUUCAGUUCCUACAUACCGGAAUAGUACCAGGGAUAUUCUCCAAUCAAUUGAAGAUAACAGAUGUCUUGCUGGAUCAGAAUCUCCAUGUAAAGAUUAGCAAAUACAAUCUGCCUUUGUUAACUGAAAACAAGAAAAUGGAUACCAGAUUGUCUUCCAGUGGAUCAAAGGGAAAUGAUGGGCAAAGGUUAAUUAACAAGGAGAAAAACGAUGUGUACGACUUUGGAGUAAUCUUACUUGAACUCAUCGCCGGACGGAUAAUCGAUACAAAAAAUGAUAUAGAUGUCUCAAAAGACAUCCUAAAAGUUAGCUUGACAGCUGAUGAAAUAGCUCGGAGAAACAUCAUCGAUCCAGCUGUUCAAAAGGAAUGUUCAGAUGGUUCGCUUAGGACAUUAAUAGAGCUAUGCAUAAGAUGUCUUUCAGACGAACCAUCGCAACGUCCAUCUGUGGAAGACUUGAUCUGGAACUUGCAGUUUUCAGCUCAGGUCCAAGAUCCUUGGAAUAGAGACACCUAUGGCAACCAGGAGUCCCCUGGUCAUGUGUAAGUAGUUGUGCAAAUAUCCGAUGAAAUGGAGUUUUUCUUGUAAAAAAUGUAACAUUAUACUAGGAUAAUUAGUUUCAUAUCUUUAGCAGUCUCUGUUGCAGCACUUCUCAUCAUUGAUGGCCAUGAGGAACUCUUACUCUACAUUUGACUUUUGAGCCAACAUAUGAUGCUUUGUUUGUUUGCAAAAGAUUCUGUGGACAAAUUUUGAAGUGUAACUGUAUUUUUAGAAUCCUAAUCCAGUGAAUAGGACAUCUUAGAAAAGGGAGAAAAGAGGCACCACCUCUACUACUAAUAAAGUGUCCAUGCAAUUAAAUA